AUGCAACCAUACCGCGGACCUCGCGCUGUCGCGCCCAACAAAGAAGGUGGAGAUCCCCGAGGAAAUGGCCGGCGACCCCAAUCGCCCGAGAUGGCUCGCACCUAUGAGGUGUACGUUACGCUCGCACCCCCUAUGAUAACCUGGAACGAUAUCACGGAUCUGAAGGAGCCCAGUGGCGACGAUAUCUGGAUCACCGAGGCGGGGCUUGAUUUCAUCCACCAUAUCCCCGGCCUGCCUCGCAAGUACAUCGGUGAGGAGGCUGCCGGUUUCGCGCUCUAUGUCCGCGGUGUCCCCUUUGAACUAUCUACCACCGAGUUCCGAGACAUAUUCGUGCCGUUCGGUCGCGUCAUCAAGUCGCCUACCUUGAUCUCGACGACCUCGAAACACACCUUCCGGUGGGUCAUCAUGAAGCAUGCCGAUGAUGCCAUGGACGCGCUCAACGCCUUGCAUGGCAGCCUUCACAAGAGUGGCUUCCCGCUGUCCGUCAGCAAGGCCUGGAGAACUGGCGACAUUCUCAUCGCAACGGGAGGGUAUAGGCUUCAAAACCCGACAGCUAAGGCACCGGCCAAGAAUGAGAACCCAUCAUCCAUUCACGGACACCCGUCGCCCCCUCCACCUGCGCAAGUCAAGAAUUCGUUGCCGGCCAUCCCAAAGGUUCAGAACAGCGCGGCACGAAAGCUACAGCAGCCAGCAGUUGCCCUCGCAGAGAAGGGACAGGCCUCAACCCCUUUUGUCGGACCAUCAACUAAGAACGCAUCAACUCAGACCGCAUCAACUAAGACCGCAUCGACCCAGACCGCAUGGACUCAGACCGAAUCGACUCAGACCGCAUCGGCUCAGACCACAUCAACUCCAACCGUCGUCGACCCUGCUCAGCCAGCCAAGCCUUCCUCCUGGGCCAACAUUGCCAGCUCUUCCGACCCCAAGACGACCAUCAUCGACUUGCAUCCCCAGCAGCGCAAGACAUCUCAACCCACACGCCGCCUCAAUCCCAUCGGUCGCAUCCCACAGGUGGUCGACACGAGCGAGGAGCCUCUCUGCGACCAGAUGCGCGUGAUCUUCCUGCUCAACCUGCCCCAGCACCUGACCUUGCUUGACGUCUCGAACGCCGUGUGCGAAGGCCCGCUGGCCAAGAUCCAGUUCGGCUCCGACCAGGACAGCAACACCCGCUUCUGCGGCAUCGUCUUCCAGUACGCCACCGACGCCGACGUCUUCUUCCACGCCAUGCAGAAGGAGCGCAGAGAGAGCCGCCCCGAGCGCUUCCGCUUCAUCGUCGAAGUCGUCCGCGGCGAUCCCCUGCCAGCGGAUGAGAGCAUCAAAGCCAUGGGCGCCCCUAUGUUUGCCACUCGCCGCCUCACGAUCGUCAAGGGCAAGUUCUUCUUCAUCUUUGGAGAGCGCCAUCUCAAGGAGCUGUGUAACAAGGUCGCCGGAGAGGAGAACGUGCAGCUGGUCUGGCUGUACAACGGUGGGAACGCGACGGUGGUCUUUGCUGACGUUGCCUCGGCGAUCAAGGUGAAGGAGGACCUGGACCAGAAAGCUUCGACGUUGAAAGGGGGUGAUGGCUAUCAUUCGCAUCUGCCCGUGGUUUGGAAGGGCUUGCAGACGACCUUUUCAAAGGACCCUUGCACUCACCAUCUGGAUUUGAAGACUGCUAUGCAUGAUUGA